AUGAUUAAACGCAGCAUUUGCAAUACAACGCCAUUAUGGAAGAAAAAGAUGCCCGACCGGCCACCACCCAUUGAUGAAGCGGAUUUUACUGAAGUAUUUUUGCAUGGCAGUGGGCCGGGAGGUCAGAAAAUCAAUAAAACCUCUUCCGCAGUGCAGUUGAAACAUAUCCCAACAGGUAUGGUUCUCAAAGUUCAAGCCACCCGUUCCCGUACACAGAAUCGUAAAAUAGCUCGACAAAUGCUAGCAGAAAGGCUUGAGUUGUUGGAGAAAGGGAAGGAGAGCAGGGUUGCGAUUGUAGGGGAGACCAAAAAGAAGAGGAAAAGCAGUGCUGUAAAGAAAAGUAAGAGAAAAUAUCGACUGCUGGCAGAAGAGAAAGCUAUGAAAGCAGGUGAGGACAAGGCUGAGGAGGAGGAGGUCGAGGAGGAAGAAGUCGAGGAGGAAGAAGUCGAGGAGGAAGAAGUCGAGGAGGAAGAAGUCGAGGAGGAGGGAUCUGAGGAGGUGAAUCUUGAGGACGGCGGAAAACCCCUGGAAAAUAUGGAAAUUCCAAUACAAGAGUCACCAAGUAGAGGGAGUGGUCCUUGA